AUGAUCCCACGGUGGCUGUUGCUCACAUUGAGCCUGCUGCUGGUAUGGACAUCACAGCCAGCAGCAGCAAAAGGAAACGAACCAAAAGUCGUGACCCAUGAACUCAACACUCCGCCUGACGACCUGUUCUACUUCACCGGCACAAACACCGUCCUCUAUCGCGAUAGAAGCUCCCUCACCGCACACGUUUCCUUCGAUGGUGGUGAGACUUGGGAGACCGUCAAAGACAAUGAUGGAACUAUGGGAGGUACCGUCGAAUUGGUCUGGAAACAUCCGUUCGAUCACAAUCGCGCCUACAUCAUAGGUGGGAAUGGCAAGCAUUGGAUCACGACUGAUCAGGCCAAAUCGUGGAAACCGUUUCAGAUAGAUGUAGUACCAAUUGGAGCCAUGGGCAAUAUCCCGCUAGAAUUCAAUGGUUGGGAUCCCGCGAAGGUUAUCUUCAUGGGUCUGGAUUGUUCUAUUCUGGGAUGUGUGCCUCAGGCUUAUUAUACCGUGAACGACUUCGACGAUGUCCAGCCUCUACGUGAGAUGACACUGCAAUGUAUGUGGGCAGCGAGCCGCCCGCAAUUCGCGCUAGACAUCGACGUGCCGAAGUCAGCCGGAGACCGGAUCCUCUGCGUCGUGCCUGGGUUAAAGGGGCCUUUUGAGCAUACUCGUACAGAGCGAUUGAUAUAUUCCGAUAACUUUUUCAAGGAUGAUGCGGAGGGAAAUGAAGCAAAAUUGGACCACGGCAAACCGCUGAGCGGUAUCAGUCUUCAGAUCCGUUCCGUGUCCAAGUAUAUCGUCGCACGCCUCCAAUCGCGCGGUACACAGGAGCAGGCUUUAUACGUCAGUGAUGACUCAGAUGUGUGGCAUCGUGCGGAGUUUGGAAAGCAUCGCAUCGAGGAAGAUGCGUAUACUCUUUUGGAAAGUACGAAUUACAGCAUCCAGAUCGACGUGCAAUCCACUUGGCACGACAACCGGAUGGGCAGCCUCUUCUCAUCCAAUUCCAAUGGAACUUAUUUCACGCAAAAUAUCGAGCACACAAAUCAGGAUUUGAAUGGCGUGGUUGAUUUCGAGAGACUCUCGAGCAUCCAGGGUAUCGCAAUCGUCAACACGGUCAAGAACUGGAAGGAAGCUGGAGAAUCUGAUUCGGAGCAAAAGAAGCUUGUCAGUAGUAUCAGUUUCGACGAUGGGAGAACCUUCCAAUCUCUCAAGGUUGAUAAAGACGAACUACACCUCCAUUCGAUGACCUCCUAUCUCGCGCUGCACGCGUUGCCCAUGCCAGAACAUCGCAUUUUCUCGAGUCCGGCCCCGGGUUUGGUCAUGGGCGUUGGAAAUACCGGAGGUCACCUCGGAAAGUACUCCGAGGGCGACCUCUAUGUUUCCGAUAACGCAGGUCUCACCUGGCGGCGCGCGCUUAAAGGCCCGCACCGCUACGAGUUUGGUGACCAGGGAGGUGUGAUUAUGGCCAUCAGCGAUGAGAGUAACACGAAAAAGUUCCAAUUCUCUAUCGACCACGGCAAAGAAUGGGAGGAAAUCGAGCUGAAACAAAAAAUCAGACCUCUGUACGUGAUUACCACGCCAGACUCAACCAGCCUCAAGUUCCUGCUCGUUGGCAUUUCCAGCGAUGAUAACAAUAUCAUCAUGUAUUUCAUUGACUUCGAUGGCCUUCACGAGCGCGAGUGUGGCUCCGGUGAUCUCGAAGAGUGGACGGCCCGUCUGAACGAGAAGGGUGAGCCGGACUGUCUGAUGGGCCAGAAACAAUUCUUCCAUCGCCGAAAAGCGAACGCGGAUUGUUUCAUCAAAAAGGAGUUUGCAAUCAGCGGUCCUGAAUUCAGACCAUGCAAAUGUUCUGCUGAGGACUUUGAAUGCGACUACAAUUUUGUUCGCAGCGAGGACCGCAAGGAAUGUGUACCGGCUGUGACAUUGACACCCCCAGCUGGCGAGUGCAAGGAACCCAGCGAUAAGUAUAUGGGUCCCUCGGGAUGGCGACUGAUUCCUGGCAACGCAUGCAUCCGCGAGGGCGGCGAGGAUCUCGAGCGCCAAAUUGAGCGCUCGUGCUCGAAUGUCACUGGGCCUUUGCCUAUCGCCGACGGCAAGCCUCGCGCGGGAAAGCCACAAAUCAUCUCUGCCAAGCAGACAAUUUAUUUCUAUCUCGAACGGCAGGCUAGCAACACCGGUGUCGAUGAGACUAUCGUGAUGCUCACUGACAAGUACGAGCUGCAUGUCUCACGCGACCACGGCAGAAACUGGGAGCAUAUCCUCAAGGAUGAGAAGUUUACUGAAAUGGUUGAACAUCCUUACUUUAGUGACGGGGCUUUCUUCCUCACCGACAGCAAGAAGGUGUACUACACAAUCAACCACGGUGACUCCUUCCACUACUUCGAGGCUCCUAGUAUACCGAACAAGGAGAACCUUCGCACGAUGGCUUUCCAUGAGCAACUUCGGGACUCCCUUAUUUGGAUUGGCAACAAGGAUUGUGAAGGCACAAACUGUCGCUCGGAGGCAUACGUCACUGACAAGAGAGGCGCGAGUUGGGACCCAAUGCUCAUUGGAGUUGGCGACUGUAGCUUUGGAGCCCAUGAGGGCCGCAAUAACAGUGAAACUCUGAUUAUUUGCGAGCAGUACAAGGACGAGGAAAAGACCAAUGAUCGGCAGCUAGUAAUCAGUGAUGAUAAAUUCUCUACCAAGGAGAUCAAGUUUGAGAACAUCGCCCAUUACGCUACCAAGAAUGGUUUCAUCGUUGUGGCCUGGUAUGAAGGCGAUCAGAAGAAUUAUCUCAACGUCAGUGUUAGCGUCGAUGGCCGCACUUACGCUGAUGCACAUUUCCCUUUCAACAUCAACGUCCCCCAAUACACCGUCUUGCCCAGCUCCCCGCACGCACUGUUCCUCCUCGUGGAGGUCAAUGCAGGAGAAGGGAGCAGCUUCGGCUCUCUUGUCAAGAGUAACAGCAACGGCACUUACUUUGUUCAAAGUCUUGAUGCCAUCAACGUCAACGACCGCGGCUAUGCGGACUUUGAUGAGAUGAAGGGCCUCGAGGGUGUGUUGAUAGCCAAUGUCGUUUCUAACACAAAGGAGGUGCAGAAGAAGGGUGCGACCAAGAAGUUGCGCACUAUGAUCACUCACAACGACGGUGGCCAGUGGACACUUCUACCUCCGCCGACUCGGGACGUCAAGGGCAAGAAAUUUGACUGUUCUGUCACGGAAGGCAAGGGAACUGAGAAAUGCGCCCUCCACUUGCAUGGAUACACGGAACGUCGCGAUUACCGCGACACCCUCUACUCAGGCUCCGCUAUCGGCCUAAUGCUCGCGCUUGGCAACGUCGGCGACCAUCUCACCGGCACCGCCGAAGCAGACACGUAUCUGACCAAGGACGGUGGCAUUUCAUGGACACAAGUCAAGAAGGGGCAGUACAUGUGGGAGUUUGGCGCCGCAGGCUCGGUAAUUGUACUCGUCAGCGACCGGAAGGCGACCAAUAUUGUGCACUAUUCUCUUGAUGAGGGUGCGACCUGGAAUGAGUUCCGGUUCGCCGAAAAGGAAUUGGUCAUCGACGAUAUCUCGACUGUGCCCUCCGACACCUCGAAGAGCUUCCUGCUCUGGGGCACGGACUCCGUCAAUCGCGUGACCAUCACGUUGGACUUCAGCGGAAUCUGGAGUCGCGAGUGCAACGACGAUGAGAACGACUACUUUACCUGGACCCCCGCGCAUCCUCUCCAGGAGGAGAACUGUCUCUUCGGUCAUGUCGAACAAUACCACCGCAAGAAACCUACCGCUGAGUGCUGGAAUGCCUGGCGAGAACCGCAUAUUCACAGCAUCGGCCGAAACUGCACUUGUACCCGUGCUGACUACGAAUGUGACUACAACUAUGAAAUCCAAAGCGACGGCAGUUGUGGUCUGGUCCCAGGCCUUCUCCCACAAGACCACAGUCUGCAGUGCACAGAAGAUCCCGACAAAGUCGAGUACUGGAAACCAACUGGCUACCGCCGGAUUCCUCAGACGACCUGCGAGGGUGGACUUUACCUCGAUCAAGAUGAGGCGCACCCAUGCCCGAACAAGGAAAAGGAGUACAAAAAGAAACACGGUAUCAGCGGCGUAGGACUAUUCUUCGCGAUCGUGACCCCGAUCGCCGCCGCGACGGCCAUCGGCUGGUACGUGUACACGCACUGGGAUGGCAAGUUCGGACAGAUCCGACUGGGCGAGGGCGGCUCUGCCACAUCGCAGGGGUGGAUGUCACGGGAGUCAGUGCUAGUCGCGGUGCCGGUGGCAAUCAUCGCGGGCAUUGUUGCCGUUGCGCAGUCUCUGCCAUUACUGAUUAGCAGUCUGGUGCGUAGCAUGUCCGGAUUGUUCGGCAGGGGUAGGUCUCAGAGGCCGUAUAACACGCGCGGUUCAUUUGCAGCACGCCGUGGGGAUUAUGCUUCUGUCGCUGAUGAUGAAGAUGAAUUGCUUGGUCCUGAUGAUUUUGAUGAGGAGGAGGAGGCUUAA